GCGCCAAUCGGGAGCAAAGACCGCCAAAGAAAAUGAAGACGACGAAGAAGAAACGAAUUCAAAACAAUACUGGGAGUUGAGCGCACUGCGUGUUUAUUUUAAAUUAAAGAUGGCCCAAACUAACCCGGGCAAAGACAGCCAAGCGUCAGAAGCCAAGAAACUCAUCUCCCUACCGACGUCCAGAGUGCGGCUGAUCAUGAAGAGCUCCCCGGAUGUCUCCAGCAUCAACCAGGACGCGCUCUUCCUCACCACCAAGGCCACCGAGCUGUUCGUGCAGCAUCUGGCCCUGACCUCCUUCAACAACGGCUCCGGGAGGGAGGCUAACAGCCUGGACUACAGCGACCUGGCUAAGACCGCAGAGGAGACCGACACUUUCCACUUCCUCACAGAUAUUUUGCCAAAAAAGAUCUUGGCUCGGGAUUACCUCGAGUCUUUGGAGCAAUUGCAAGACGAAGACACAGAUUUUUGACGAGGGGAGGACUUCUUUCCCCACAUGGACACUUUAUCACAUGCUCACUGCUCUCAUUAAGAGGAAAAUGGACUGUCAAGAGGCACAAUGGAGAUCAUUUGGACUUUUUCAGCAUACUGAAAAACAAUUAACAGAUUAUAGAACGUUAAACCAUAAGUACACCAAAAAAUAAAAAAGUAAAUGAUGUCCCUGAGAUCAACUUUUACUAUGAGUACUUACAAAGUCUCAGGGAAGAUGUAGGAGGAUAAAUAACUGCAACCAAAUAAUAAAAAAAAAGCUUUAACUCUGCUCCCAAGAAAAAGGCUGUUAGACGAGUCGUUAGUGUUUGACCCUCUUUGGUUUUAUGAUGAAUGGAUUUCUGUUACAGACACAACAAUGACUUUUUGCUUUGGCUGACGUCUUCCUGGUCCUAACGGAUGGCUUCACAAUUGCAAUUUGUGAUUGCUCCUACAGUGCCAUGGAAAAUUUUUUACACACCAUUAACUUUUUUUUUUAACAUGUUGAAAUGUUUAAAAAAAGCUUUUUGCGAUUUUAUGAUAGACCAACAGAAAGUGGUGCAUAUAUGUGAAGGGGGGAAAGACUGACUUGGUUUUCAAAGUGUUUUCACAAAAUUAAAGAUGAAAAUUGCGAUACGUUUAUA